AUGUUCAUUUUCCUAUCGCUACCUGCUGGAAAUGAACAACCACAUUCAGAAAAAGAACGAGAGGUUUUAAUGGAUUUUCAACAAUCAUUGCUAAAUUCAACAAAUAUAAUAUCGAAGCUAAAUUAUAAUGAUGGGUAUGGGAACAUAACAGGAUUUCAGUUGUCUUAUAAAGAUUCAGAAGAAGGGAAAAAGGCAGAAAAUUGGCCGUUUCAUGAGUUUAAUGACGAACGUCCAUUUGUUGAAGAUGAAAAAUUUUCAAUUUUACCAAAUUAUGUAUCUAAUUAUAUCAAAAAUUUUUGGGGAAAUGAAAGAAAUACUCCAGAAAAUGCAUAUUUAUUAAAUAUAUCAGGUAGAGCUGAUGGUGAAUUUAAAGUUGAUAAAGAAGAUAAAAAAAUCAAAGGGAUAAAUUUGGAAUUACCUCAAUACUUAAAAGAUUAUUAUUCAUCCAUAGAUCAAAAUCCUGAAAAAGAAGUUGCAGAUAAAAGUAUUAAUUUAACUAAUGGAUUAGUAUCAAUUUCUAUGCGUAAUAGAUUUCAUCAUGAGAAUAAUACAAUUAUUGGCAUAGAUUUGAAUUUAAAGGAUUAUCAAGAGAUUGAAAAUCACAAUUUUGAUUUGACAGGAGUGUAUCUUCCGGAAUGGGGUAGUGCAAUAGCAACUUCGAAUUCUGCCAAAUUUUAUGGAUCUUAUGGAUUAUCUCAUCUAUUAAUGAAUGACAAAAAUUUCAAUCAUGUAAAUAAUUUGAUAUUACAAUGGGGAAACUCUAUUAAUGAUAGAGAUAUAACAUUAGAUGAUCUACAUUCAAGUAUUUUGAAAUCAUAUGAACAAUGUGAAGUCAUUAUGUAUAUUCAAUUAGAUAAAACAAAAUAUUCUAAAGAAGAAUUGCAUUCAAUUGAAGAGGAAAUUAGCUCCCCUCAAGGAAAACCUAUCCCAAAACAAAUUCCUCAAAUUGAAGUUUCUAAUUUCAUUAUAUAUUCACCUGAUUGUGGGAUACUUAUCAAAAAAAAUGAAGAUAAAUCAUUUGUAGGUAAGAAAUCAGAAGUUUUAAAUUUAGAAAUGAAAAAUGUUCUUACUGGUAUACUUGUUUUGGUUUCGUUACAAUUGUUUUUAAUUAUAAGAUUGAUAAAACAUAGUAAUACACCUGGUUCAUUAAGUUUAAUUUCAUCAAAGACAUUAUUUUUAUUAUCGUAUCAGGAUAUGCUAAUCGCGUUACUAUGCUUACUAUUGUCCACUAUUAGUUAUAAUUUAUAUUUGAUAUUAGCAUCUUUAGCAACUAUUGCAUUUAUAUGUUGUGGUGUAUUUGAAAUGAGAUUUAUGGUUAGUGUUUUAUCUACUCAAGCAAAUGAAAGAGGAACAACGUGGUGGGAAAUUUUAAGGGGAGCAACUUCAGCACCACCUAAUGAUACUGGAGCAAUUAUACCUAUGACACUGGCUCCAGAACAACCUCAAGUUGAACCAGAUAUUCCACAAUUGCCAGAUAGUUCAUAUUCAAACAGUAUAUUUUCAAUUAAUUUGAUAUUUGCCAUUAUUUCAAUUUUCAUGGUAUUCUCUUCAUUUAAUUGGAGAAUAAAAUAUCGUAAAAUAUUUGAAUAUAUUGGAUUGAUAUUUAUUAAUUCAUUUUGGAUUCCACAAUUUUUCAGAAACACAUUAAAGAAUAGAAAUCAUUCAUUCCAAUGGGAAUUUUUAAUUGGAACUAGUCUUUUAAGAAUAAUACCAAUAUGUUAUUUUUGCUUGAUAGAAUCUAAUCCAUUAAGACAUAGAUAUGAUCCAAAACUAGCAAUUGUAAUAUCUACAUAUUUAAUCUUGCAAUUAUUUUUACUUUAUUUACAAUUCAAAUUAGGUGCUAGAUUUUGGAUAAAUGAAAAAUUCUUACCGAAACAAUAUGAUUAUCAUAGAAUUGUAACAAAAAGUUUAUUGGGAGAAUUGUCCAUAAAUACUGACAAUUCAAAAGCAUUUGAAGAACUAACAGAAUAUAAAACUAACUGUCCAAUUUGUAUGAAUGAUGAUUUAAUAGUACCCGUUUGGAAUAAAAAUGAUGAUAAACAAGAAGAUUUGAAAAAGAAAUUAAUACACCAUAAAAUGAAUUAUAUGAUAACUCCAUGUAAUCAUUUAUUUCAUAAUGAAUGUUUGGAAAGUUGGAUGAAAUACAAACUUCAAUGUCCAGUAUGUAGAAAAAGUUUACCACCAAUAUAA